AUGUCCAGCGACUCUUCGUCAUCAGCGAGCGGUACCCAAGCUACCGUGUUGAGAUCUUCCACCAACGAAGACGGAAAACCCACGCUCGAACGGAUAAGGACUCGCACCGAGGAGGAUGUCUUCCGCGUCCUAUCCCGGCGCCGGACGAAUGCCACGGGCGUGUCCGGCGGCGAAUUACAAGAGGAGCAGCAAGAGAUUGAGCGUCUCAUGUCUCGCAUCUUCGGGCGUGCCCGCCAAGAACACAGUGAAGGAGAAAAGACUCGCCACAGCGGUGUCGUCUUCCGUGAUCUCACCGUUCGCGGUGUAGGACUCGGCGCCAGUCUGCAAGCCACCGUCGGUGACUUUUUCCUUGGCCUCCCGCGGAUGCUCACCAACCUCGUCACCAAGGGCCCUAAAGCGGCUAUUGGAAAACCUCCUGUGCGGGAGCUCAUCAGCCAUUUUGACGGCUGUGUACGACCUGGCGAAAUGCUGCUCGUGCUCGGUCGCCCUGGCGCUGGAUGCACCACAUUUCUCAAAGCCUUUUGCAAUCAGCGCGCAGGAUUCGAAUCUAUCGAUGGACAGGUCACGUACGGCGGUGCUGAUUCUCAUACGAUUGCACGCGACUUUCGCGGCGAGGUCAUCUACAAUCCUGAAGAUGACCUGCACUACGCUACACUCUCCGUGCAGAGGACUCUCAAGUUUGCGCUUCAGACCCGCACUCCUGGAAAAGAGUCUAGACUCGAGGGCGAGACGCGCGCCCAAUAUGUCCAGGAGUUCCUGAGGGUCGUCACGAAGUUGUUCUGGAUUGAGCACACACUAGGGACGAAAGUUGGCAAUGAGUUCAUCCGCGGUGUGUCUGGGGGCGAGCGAAAGAGAGUUAGUAUCGCCGAGGCCAUGAUCACGCGUGCCUCAGUCCAGGGCUGGGACAAUUCUAGCAAGGGUCUAGACGCCAGCACCGCGGUCGAGUACGUCAAGUCUAUCCGCGCCAUGACGAACAUGGCCAACACGUCGACAGCCGUCUCCCUGUACCAGGCCGGUGAGACGCUGUAUGAGUUGGUGGACAAGGUCCUCCUGAUCGACAACGGAAAAUGCCUAUACUACGGCCCAGCCGAAAAGGCCAAGCAGUAUUUCCUCGACCUCGGCUUCGACUGUCCCGAGCGCUGGACUACCGCAGACUUCCUCGUGUCGGUGACGGACGAACACGAGCGCAGCGUUCGCAAGGGCUGGGAGGACCGGAUCCCGCGAUCCCCUGAAGAAUUCGGUGCCGCGUACCGUAGAAGCGAUGCCUACAGGGGCAACCUCGCCGACAUCGAAGACUUUGAGUCGCAGCUCGAGCGUCAAGCCGAAGAGCGCCGCCAGAACGCGUCGGACCGCACGCGCAAGAAGAACUACGAGAUUCCCUUCCACUCCCAGGUCAUUGCGUGCACCCACAGGCAGUUUCUCGUCAUGACGGGCGACCGCGCGUCGCUUUUUGGCAAAUGGGGUGGACUCUUGUUCCAAGGCCUCAUUGUUGGCAGUCUCUUCUACAACCUCCCGCAGACCGCUCGGGGAGCAUUUCCGCGCGGCGGAGCACUCUUCUUCCUGCUUUUGUUCAAUGCGCUGUUGGCUCUGGCUGAGCAAACUGCCGCUUUUGUGUCGAAGCCGAUCUUGCUCAAACAUAAAUCCUUCUCUUUCUACCGCCCUGCCGCAUUCGCCAUCGCGCAAACGGUUGUUGACGUGCCCUUGGUCUUUAUCCAAGUCGUGCUCUUCAACGUCAUCAUUUACUUCAUGGCAAACCUGGCCCGUACCGCUUCGCAAUUCUUUAUUGCGACCCUCAUACUGUGGCUCGUGACCAUGGUGACGUACGCGUUCUUCCGAGCCAUUUCAGCUUGGUGCGGAACCCUAGAUGUGGCAACGCGGUUCACCGGGGUGGCCAUCCAGAUACUCAUCGUGUACACCGGCUACCUCAUUCCUCCGGCUUCAAUGCACCCUUGGUUCAGCUGGCUCAGGCGAAUUAAUUGGAUUCAGUAUGGCUUCGAAUGUCUAAUGUCCAAUGAGUUCGCUGGGCUCACGCUUGAAUGCGUACCUCCAUACCUGAUUCCUCAAGGACCCAAUGCGUCGCGCCAGUAUCAGGGUUGUUCUCUCGCUGGAGCCACGCUUGGCUCGACUUCUGUCAGUGGCGCAGCCUACAUCCAAGCAUCUUUCUCAUACACCAGGUCGCAUCUAUGGCGCAACUUUGGCUUUCUGUGGGCAUUUUUCCUAUUCUUCGUCUUCCUGACAGCACUAGGGAUGGAGCGGAUGAAGCCCAACAUGGGAGGUGGUGCCAUCACUGUCUUCAAGAGAGGGCAGGUCCCGAAGGCCGUAGAGGAGUCCAUUUCCACCGGUGGACGAACCGGGGAAGCAAAAUCCGACGAAGAGGCUGGUCAUAUACCUCCGGUCGUGGAGAAUGACACCUCAGAGACAAAUGACAGCGAGAAAACCGCAAAGGUAGCCAAGAAUGAGACCGUCUUCACAUUCCAAAAUGUGAACUACACCAUUCCGUAUGAGAAGGGGCAUAAGCAGCUACUCCAGGAUAUCCAAGGAUUUGUACGGCCAGGCAAGCUGACUGCAUUGAUGGGUGCCUCUGGCGCUGGGAAAACGACAUUACUCAACGCCUUGGCCCAACGUCUCAAGUUUGGUACUGUCACCGGUGAAUUCCUCGUCGACGGUCGCCCUCUGCCAAAAUCGUUCCAAAGGGCAACAGGCUUCGCAGAACAGAUGGACAUCCAUGAGCCUACCGCCACGGUGCGGGAGGCACUACAAUUCUCAGCUCUUCUUCGACAACCCAGAGAGGUGCCAGUCAAAGAGAAGAUGGACUACUGCGAGACUAUUAUCGAUCUGUUGGAGAUGAAAUCCAUCGCUGGUGCCAUCAUUGGCCAGGUUGGAGAAGGUCUCAAUCAAGAACAGCGGAAACGUCUGACCAUUGGCGUGGAACUAGCCUCCAAGCCUGAGCUUCUCAUGUUUCUCGACGAGCCUACAUCUGGUCUUGACUCUGGCGCUGCCUUCAACAUUGUCCGAUUUCUCCGCAAACUCGCCGAUGCAGGACAGGCCGUCCUUUGCACCAUCCACCAGCCGUCGGCAGUCCUGUUCGAACAUUUCGACGAACUGCUGCUUCUCAAAAACGGGGGUCGUGUCGUCUAUCAUGGACCUCUUGGACAUGAUAGUCGAGAGUUGAUCGAAUACUUCGAGACCAAUGGCGCGUCCAAGUGUCCACCAACGACAAACCCGGCCGAGUACAUGCUUGAUGCCAUUGGAGCCGGCGAUCCCAACUACGACGGACAAGACUGGGGCGACGUAUGGGAAGGAUCUCCUCAAAGAGAGUCUCGAACACAAGAAAUCGAGGACAUGAUCUCUCAGCGCCGGACUCUCGAGCCCUCCAAAGCCUUCGCCGACGAUCGUGAAUACGCCGCACCAGUAAGGACACAAACCAUCGCUCUCCUCAAGCGCUCCUUCACAGCUUAUUGGCGCUCGCCCAACUACAUCUUUGGCAAGAUGAUGCUGCAUGUUAUGACGGGUCUUUUCAACUGCUUCACAUUCUACAAGCUGGGCACUUCGCGGAUAGACUACCAGAACCGAGUAUUCUCCAUCUUCAUGACCCUGACCAUCAGCCCGCCAUUGAUCCAGCAGCUGCAACCCGUCUUCUUGCGUUCGCGCCAGAUCUUUCAGUGGCGGGAGGAUGGCGCCAAGAUCUACAGCUGGUUUGCGUGGACAACCGCUGCAGUGGCUGCUGAGAUCCCCUACGCCAUCGUCGCGGGUGGUAUCUACUUCAACUGCUGGUGGUGGGGAGUCUUUGGCUGGAACACGUCGGGCUUCACCUCGGGUUUUGCCUUCCUUCUCGUCCUUCUCUUCGAACUGUACUAUGUCGGGUUCGGCCAAGCCAUCGCCUCACUGGCGCCAAACGAGUUGUUGGCGUCACUGCUCGUACCAGUCUUCUUCCUUUUCGUGGUCAGCUUUUGCGGUGUGGUCGUGCCCGCCGCGAGUCUUCCGACAUUCUGGCGCAGCUGGAUGUACUGGCUCACACCCUUCCACUAUCUGAUUGAAGCUUUUCUGGGAGCUGCAAUCCACGACCAACCUGUGAACUGCAAGCCAGGAGAAUUUGCACGAUUUAACCCGCCACCGAGCCAGACAUGUGAGGAGUAUGUUGCGCCGUAUAUCCAACAGGCUGGUGGGUAUGUCCGGACUGGCGACAGGGGCGUCUGCGAGUUUUGUCAAUAUGCGACUGGGGAUGAGUUUGGGAUUGGGUUCAGCGUGCGCUACAGUAACAUUUGGCGAGACUUCGGAAUCUUUUGUGGAUUUAUCGUCUUCAAUUACGCUGUAGUGUUUCUGGCAACUUGGUUGAGAUUCCGAUGGAGAAAUCCGCUGAAGAGAAAUCCGCUGAAGAGAAAUCCGCUGAAGAGAAAUCCGCUGAAGAGAAAUCCGCUGAAGAGAAAUCCGCUGAAGUGA